UCAUGUGAAAUACAUAAAGUCAGUUAAUGGUUAAAAACAAACAGUAAUUACGCUAAGAGUGUUUAAAUAUACUGGUUACUAUGUUUUCUAUCGUUUAAAAGUAAGAUUUAUUCAUGUUGAUCUGUGAUCUACUUAGUAGUCUGUGUCAGAUGUUCAUCUGUGAUCGAUUGCUUCGGUCUCCACCUGCAGAGCAGGGAGAUCGCGCUCUUUUCUGUUAUUCUAUAAAACGCUCUGGAUGAGGAAACACACCACGAUCACGCUCGUGAUUCUUUCUUCGCUUUUUCCACGAGUUGCAGAGUAAUGAGGAGAAACUUCUGAUCAGAGACUUGUUCAAAACCUACAGCAAAAACAUCCGCCCUGUGGUAAAUCCUGAGGACAUACUGCAGAUUAAGAUCAUGUUGACCCUCACUAACCUGAUCUCUCUGAAUGAAAAGGAGGAGACUCUCACGACCAAUGUGUGGAUUGAAAUUCAAUGGACUGAUUAUCGUCUCGCCUGGAACGAAUCUGAAUAUUUUGGCAUUAGCGUGAUUCGUGCCCCAUGUAACAUGGUUUGGCUCCCUGACAUAGUGCUUGAGAACAACAUUGAUGGCAAGUUUGAUGUGGCCUACUAUGCCAAUGUAUUGAUUUAUAGCAAUGGUGGGAUGUACUGGCUGCCUCCUGCUAUCUACCGCAGCACUUGUGCCGUUGAGAUUACCUACUUUCCGUUCGAUUAUCAGAAUUGCACGCUGGCAUUCAGAUCCCAGACAUACAGCGCCAGUGAAGUGGACCUGAUCUUAGCUGAUGAAGAAACAGGGCAAACUAUUGAGUGGGUGAACAUAGACCCUGAGGCUUUUACAGAAAAUGGCGAGUGGGCCAUCGUCCAUCGUCCAGCCAGGAAGAUAAUCAACAAACGGUAUUCCCCAGAUGACCUGGAGUAUCAGGAGAUCAUGUUCAAUAUAAUCAUCCAAAGGAAGCCCCUUUUCUACGUCAUCAAUAUCAUCCUGCCUUGCUCCCUCAUCUCCUCACUGGUCGUACUGGCCUACUUCCUUCCUGCACAAGCUGGUGGACAAAAGCUGACUGUGGCCAUCUCUGUCUUACUGGCUCAGACUGUCUUCCUCUUCCUUAUCGCCCAGAAGAUCCCUGAGACAUCUCUGUCUGUGCCUCUCAUCGGCAAGUACCUGAUCUUUGUUAUGAGUGUGACGACUCUCAUUGCCACGAAUCAAAUUGUGGUGCUGAACUUCUCCCUGCGUAGCCCAAACACUCAUACCAUGUCUCCAAGCAUCAAGCAUGUGUUCCUAGAGAUGGUACCUCGCUUUCUAGGCAUGUCCCCGCUGGUGGAUGACAGCGAGGUGACAACAGAGAUGAAUGGAGUGAGAGAGCGACGUCGCAGCUCUUUUGGCCUCAUGCAGAGAGCAGAGGAAUAUGUUUUGAAACAACCUCGCAGUGAAAUGAUGUUUGACAAACAGAGAGAGAGACAUGUUCUCAAGGGAUCUGUUGUGGAUAACAUAGAUGUCAGUAGCACCGCCAACCUCUAUAAGAGCUUGGCCCAAGCUGCACCUGAGAUCAAGCAGUGUGUGGAUGCCUGCAACUUCAUUGCUGAGAGCACAAGACAACAAAAUGAUAUUGGAUCUGAAAUUGAAAGCUGGGUGCUGAUUGGGAAGAUGAUCGACAAGGUGUGUUUCUGGGCUGCCAUCCUCCUCUUCAUCAUCGGUACAGUGUGGAUCUUCUUAACAGGACACUUCAACAGGGCACCUGAUUUUCCAUUUCCUGGGGACAACAAAAAAUAUGCUCCCAGUUAAAAUAAAGUUAAAAUGAAAUUAUUUACUUUGAUCAAACCUUUCCAAGGGCCACUGUGCCUCACGCUUGUUUUAAGAGCUGAGGAGCCCCAGGUUCAGAUUGAGGACUUUAAUUACCGAGAUUUUACAACCUUCAUCUGUUUUUAUUGUCACAGGCUCAGACUGUUCUUGAUGGACACAUGUCAGGCGGUAGAAGGAUUUCAUUUAAAUUUCAGUUUUCUUCUUAAUCUAAGAUCUUUACAUGAAUACAUCACACAAGUGAAUGAGGUCUGGUUCAAAGACUGUACAUCAACAUUUUUUAAAACAUGUUAUGAGCUUUAGUUGACUAUCUUUUGUCGGCUUUAAUGAAUCACACUGCAAAAUAUAUCUGCCAAAGUCUGGAUAAGUUUUCCUGCAUGUACUAUGUCUUAUAUAAAGAAGCCAGCCAACUCCGAAUUGAAGCCUUAUUCUGUUAGUACUAUGACUUAUUUAUUAGAAUGUUUUGUUAGAAGUAGAUGAAUCAGAGAUAUUGUAUUGAUUUAU